UUAAAAUAAUACCAUAGACAAUCAACAAACUAAAAAUGUCCGUCGUAAGAGAUACGUUCUAAUUGUAAUUUAUUUUGUGACUGUGUAAUUCGUAGCUGGCGAUGUGAAUUAUUUCGUAGUAUUUAUUAUCUAAAAUAACCUAUUAUCUACAAAAACAUGAUUGUGCAAGAGCCUAUACAGGUUAUUGUUUGGGAUUGCCUCAAUAAUUACGAGUACGAUAAUGCUAUAUUCCUCGCAGAGAGAUUGCAUGCUGAAGUGACGUCAGAGGAGACAGCAUUUUUGUUGGGAACAUGUUACUAUAGAGCUGGGCGAGUGAAUGAAGCACACCAUUUGUUAAAACAAAUGCCCUUAAGCCUGCCGCAGGCCAGAUUCCUUUUAGCAAAAUGUUCUGUCGAUUUGAAACUUUACAAAGAAGCAGAAAAUGCACUAGGAUCAAACCAAAAUCUUGAUAUGGUUGCUUCAGAAUUUGGUGAACAAGGCCCAUAUGCUUUACAACUUCUUGCUAAAAUAUAUACAACAACAGACAGAAGAAAUAAAGCAAGCGAUGCACAUAAAAAGGCACUUACGCUCAAUCCAUUCAUGUGGAAAUCAUUUGCCCAACUGUGCAACAUGGGUGAGAAAGUGGAUCCGCACCAAGUGUUCCAUAUAAACAACAGUGACUUUACAUUUGGAGUGACAACAUUAGUGAAUCUAGUCAGCAAUUCGGAAAACAUUUCAUUUGUUAAUAGUAACAUUCCUAAUAAUACUGGUAUUAAUGCUAAUGUCACACCAAAUAAUGUCACCUCUAGAACUCCUAUGACUAUGUCCACCAGCAUCACACCAGAAACUCAGGCUCCUGUAAAACGUAUGCAUAGUGUGUUUAGUGGUAUAGCACCCAUUCCAUUUUCCCCAUCAUUUGGUAUGUUACCCAUGGAAGAAUCUCCUGUUUUAUAUACUCCAAUGCUAACAGAUUCAAAUGAACAGAAAACCUUACCGAAAUUAGUUAAUUCAUUUCGAGCUGUAUUUAGUCCUGCUCCAAGAUGUACUGGACCUGCACCUCGACGGUCUUCUAGAUUAUUCAGUAAUAAUAAUAGUAGUUACUCUGUGAAAGAAAAUAAUAAAUCACCUAGUAGAAAAAUCGUAGCUCCCAAGAGCCCCUCCAGGAAAAACAAACAACGCACUGCUAAAAACAUAAAAUCAAAUCUUGUAGAAACCAAUGAAAGAGCUAAAAGUAUAGAAACUGUAGCACCCAAUAUUGCACCAAAGAAUUCCAAUGGUAUAGCAUUAUUAAAUUUAAUGCGAGAAAUAGGUGAAGCAUAUAAAGCUCUAGCCUUCUUAGAUUGUAAAAAUGCAAUUAAAUUGUUUCAUGAAUUACCACCAAAACAACUUGCUUCACCUUGGGUGCAAACAAUGAUUGCGCGAGGUCAUUACGAAUUGGCGCAAUAUGAAGCCGCGGCCAAAAUAUUCGCAGAUAUUAGGAAACAAUAUCGUAAUCGUACAGAGGGCAUGGAUAUUUAUAGUACCUGCUUAUGGCAUCUACAACGUGAAGCACAGUUAUCUGCUUUGGCUCAAGAUUUAGUGGAAUUAAAUCGAACCAAUCCUAUUGCAUGGUUAGCUGCUGGAAACUGCUUUUCUCUACAUAAGGAGCGUGAAACUGCGUUAAAAUUUUUUAAACGUGCGGUACAAUUGGAUCCCAGUGCGGCGUAUGCUCAUGCAUUAUUAGGACAUGAAUAUGCAGUAGCUGAAGAAACAGACAAAGCUCUUUCAAGCUUUAGAACAGCAGUGAACAUUGACCCACGUAAUUACGUGGCUUGGUUUGGUAUUGCCACUGUAUACGCGCGACAGGAACGUUGGAAGCCAUCAGAGGUCCAUAUUCGGCGGGCACUCACUAUACAUCCAAAUUCUGGGGUUUUGAAAUGCCAGCUGGGAUUAGCACAAGCAGCUCUGGGUAAAAUGGAUAGAGCUCUUGCCACGUUAGAGAAGGCUGUUGCUUUAGACACUGAAAACCCAUUGUGCCGGUUCCACAGGGCAUCUGUAUUAUUAAGGGCAGGAAGGCCUCAAGAUGCUUUAACUGAUCUUCAACACUUAAAGGAUAUAGCUCCAAGAGAGUCUCUAGUAUACUACUUGCUUGGAAAAGUUCACAAUAAAUUAGGCAAUUCUCAUUUAGCCCUUAUGCACUUCAGUUGGGCCACUGACUUAGAUCCUAAAGGUACUGGAGGACACAUAAAAGAAGGUUUUGAUCCCUCUAAACAAGAAGAUCCACCUGAGAGGGCGACCUAACUUUUAUGACGAAUUUUACAGGAUUAAAUGGACAGACUUGCCUGCUCUAGUUAGCAGAGCUAAAAAUAUUUGACUGAUCAUUUGUAAAUAUCGCUCUCACCUGUCGAGCUCUAGAUUGACACCAAAUUCUUCCAAACGAUAGCUUUAUCGAGCUCGAUGGGUGUCUGGUGGCAUUUAGUUGCUGUAGUAGUAAGGGCGUAUGUGGAUAUGUUUAUAUAGAAUAAGAUGUGGAUAUUCCUAAUUAUAUACUAGUUUAUUAUAUAUCUUGUAUAGCUCAUAACCACUAGAAAAAUAAAUGAAAAUACAAUUUUUAAUGGAUAAUAACGCUUCAGAAAAUUAAAGAGGUAAAAUAAAAAACACCUGAUCUCAAUAUAAAGAUUUAAUCAAUGAUAACUACAUAUUAUAAUAUUGACUGUCAUGACUUGCAAAUUCAAUGCCAUAUGUAAAUCAUCUCAAAAACGAAGUACCGAGGUAAUGUUAUAAGUUCAAAAGAUAGACAUGCAUAUUUUCAUGUGUAUAAUAUAAAAAACAUAAAACAAAAAUUGUAUGCAUGUUGAACUUGAUACACAUUUCACACUAUGAAAGUAAUGUUCUCAGGAGCCGCUGGCGGUGUAAUAAGUAUUAUUGUAAUCAGGUCAUUGGUAUUAUAUUUAUUGUAAUACAAAAUUAUGAUGUUACUAAAUAAUCGUGAAAUUCUUGCAUGUAUUUUUUAAUCCAAGACAUUUUUGAGAAUUGUUUCUCAGCUUUGAAUGUUAGUUAUAGCUGAAUAAAAAUAUUGGGGGUAUAAAUCUAUCGCAAACAAUAUAUUAUUUUCACAAAUUAGGUCAGAGUAUUAGUUUUUAGCUGGUUGUAAAAAUGUCUUUGUGUGUAUGUACAUAUGUAACAAAUUAACUAUAGCACUGUUUGUCCUUUCAAAUCACCAAUGAACUGCUAGCUCUGUGGACAUAACUGUUUGAACCACCUAUAAUAAUAUGUACGAACUUAUAAAUAAAACAGAUAUCAUGUAA